AUGAAUCCGCAAGAAUACGUCUGGGACACGUUGGACCCGUCCACCCGCUCAAUCCGACUGCUCAAUGUCCUGCCUCGGGGUGCAGAUGGCACCUUACGCCUAUCCUUACGAACCGUCGAUCUUGGCGAGGUGGCCGAGGAUGGCGGCAAGAUGGCCAAGGACGAAGAUGAGAUGGUCGACGAGUCCGAUGAUAAGCCCGAUGGGUACAUUUAUUGGAUGUACGGCAGUUCCAAUGAGGGGACCGACGAGCCCGAUGAAGUGACUGAGGGGGACAAUGAGAUACGCGACAAUUCCCAUGAGUUGGGCGACGAGUCCGAUGAGUUGACCGAGGGGGGUGAUGAGAUGGCCGAUGAGAUGUCUGCCUAUUCCGAUGGGUUUCCUGACAGGUCUGACGAGACGAAUAACACGUACGAUGCAGUCUCGUACGCCUGGGGACCGCCUACGCCUCUGCGAAAGGCCGUUAUCGAUGACAAGACGGUGUUGCUACGGGACAACAUCUGA